UCUGUGUUUUUUCCUCUCUCUCUCUCUCUCUCGCUCCAGGAUUUCCGUGAGCUUUUUUUUCGAAUGCAGAUGGUCCGGUGGUGGAAACGUAGUACGUCAUUAAAAUGGCGCCAAAAGAUUAAGUUCACGGGGCAAUAAAACCCCGUCCGAUACGAAUAUUAGCAUGAUCUGACCUCCAUACUGCGCUUAGAUGGAAUUUCCUCCAUGAGCGAGGCGAUGAUUUGUGCAGUUAUAGUGCAGCUAGGAGGAGAGGGGGAGAGAGAGAGAGGGAGAGGGGGAGACAGACGCGGGGCUGCUCGGUGUGUGUUUGUGCCAACUCAGAUGUGAUAGAGCUCCAGCUUUGCUCUCACAUCACCUCCGUCACAACAUUCGUGGCGCAUUAAAACUCAACUUUAAACUUUUUUUUCCACCGCAGGACCCUAAAAGCCGAAUAACCGCCCCGGAGGUUGUGUUUUUUUUUAUUCCGGCCGCGCUUUAAAUCCUAAACCCGUCUCUCUGUAGAGUUGGCGUUAGUUUGUCUCCUGUGCUGGUGUGUGUGUGUGUGUCACCGCUAAAUAGCACACACACUCUCAUUAGAUCCCAGCCUUUCCGUGAUCAGUAACCCGACACGGGAACAUUUUUAUCUUACUGACCCUCGCAGAGUCACUUUUAAUCAUUUGUUUACCAAACAACCCCAGGCUGAAGUAACGUUAGACCAGCUCCGGCCAAUACGCACAUUUAUUUCUCCAUGUUCUUGUUUAAGUUGCCUGGAGAUAAUUCUGUCACCGAUUUCAUUACUAACUCUUUAUGCACUUAUGCAAAAACAAUAUAUGCAAAACGUAUUGAAAUGUUAUUUAUUUUUAUUAAAAAAAAAAAAGGAAUUAAUGUUGUUGCUAAUUUUGGUCGGGCAUCAUAACGGGCAGCUAUGCUUGUGUUAGGGGGCGUGGCCUUUUAGGAAUGUUUCGCUGGGUCUGUUUUUAGCAAGGAAGCCUUUAGCAGCGAAGUGUAGAUUUAAUGCUUGAUUUUUUUUUCUAAACUUUGCUUUAAUUCACGGCUGAGUUUUGUGUAUUGUAUUGUAUUGUGUUGUGUUUGACGAACCGCGUGAUUCUCGCUCUCGCGCGCGCUCUCGUUUUUAAUCUGGAAAUAAUAAAGCUCCUCGGAACGCUAAAUUAACGGAGACUGAUGCGUUACAUCCGUCGGGUUUGUAAACAGCUGCUUUGGCCAUAACAUCAGCGCGAGACCGCUAUUUUAUCUUUGUGAUGAUGGUUCUAGAUUAUUACGUCAUCUGUCCGCUGUAGCCAAUGGGCGACUCGCCGAAGGCUCACGUGACCCAGUCAAACCGUUCCCGCUGUUUAUGAUGUGCGGAGUAUACUGGAUGUUUUCCUCUUUUUUAUUUAUUUAUUUUACGCAAUUAAAUGCACUCUCCUUAUUUUAAUUAUAACUUAAAAGGUGUUUAUUGAAAUGACUAAUCUAUUGACACUGAAACUAGUUUGGUGAGUUAUUUGGAGACGGCGGCUGCUGACCAUGAAGCGAAGCCGUGUUCCCAGCACCAGUGAGGAGUCCGAUAAUGGAAGUAAUUGCACAUCAUGGUCUCAGAUGUCGAACUCUCAUCACAGAAGACAAGAUGGGAAGAGACCGUCAGAGGUGUUCAGGACUGAUUUCAUCACAGCGAUGAAGCUUCACGAUUCGUACCAGCUCAAUCCAGAGGAUUAUUACGUGCUUUCGGACCCCUGGAGGCAGGAAUGGGAAAAGGGUGUUCAGGUUCCCGUGAGCCCCGAGUCCAUCCCCAAACCUGCAGUACGGUACGACACGGCGAGGCGAAUCAGAACACCCUCAUCACUCAACACGAUACACGUUGUGGCAGAGAAAUUGCCCGGUUUGUUGUUCACGCGACCGAAGAAGCUGAUUCGCUCGUGGGGUCCAGAGGCAUCAGUGUUGGGGUACGUGGGUAUUGGGACGCUCUCUGAGGGGACGUGUCGCUAUGACCUGAACGAGGAAGAUGUCGCCUGGCUGGAGGUGGCUAAUAGAGAGUUCAGUCAAAUGGGCAUGCAGCUGCUGGACGAAAACACCAUGGAGAGACUCAUGGAGGAGUUUGAGCGCCGUUGCUAUGACAACAUGAGCCACGCAAUGGAAACGGAGGAGGGGCUUGGGAUCGAGUAUGACGAGGAUGUAGUUUGUGAUGUCUGUCAGUCGCCUGACGGAGAGGACGGCAACGAGAUGGUGUUUUGUGACAAGUGCAACAUAUGUGUGCAUCAGGCGUGUUAUGGCAUCCUGAAGGUUCCAGAAGGCAGCUGGCUGUGUCGGACAUGCGCGCUGGGCAUCUCACCUAAAUGCCAGCUCUGCCCGAAGAAAGGUGGAGCCAUGAAGCCCACCCGCAGUGGAAGCAAGUGGGUCCAUGUGAGCUGUGCCCUGUGGAUACCCGAGGUGAGCAUAGGUAACCCAGAGAAGAUGGAGCCCAUUACGAGUGUGUCUCAGAUCCCUAAUAACCGAUGGGCUCUAAUCUGCUGUCUGUGUAAAGAGAAGACCGGAGCUUGCAUACAGUGCUCGGCUAAGAGCUGCCGCGUGGCCUUCCAUGUUACCUGUGGCCUGCAGCACAGCCUGAAAAUGAACACCAUCCUGACAGAUGAGGACGAGGUUAAGUUCAAAUCCUACUGUCCCACACACUCUGGUAUGGACUGGCACGAGCAGAGCGGCGUGAUAGAUGAUAAAGGCAUCUCAGGGAGGGCGAAAGGAGCAGACGGAGCACGACUCAGCGAAAGAAAACUUCGCGUGCAGCAGCUGGAGGACGAGUUUUACAGAUUCGUCAACAUCGAGGAGGUCUCCAAACACCUGCAUGUGCCACUGGAGAAUGUGGACUUCCUGUUUCAAUACUGGAAGUUGAAACGCAAAUCAAACUUCAACCAGCCGCUCAUUACACCCAAGCGAGAAGAAGAGGAAAGCCUCGCUCGGCGAGAACAAGAAGUGCUGCUUCGCAGGCUUCGCCUCUUUACUCACUUACGACAAGACCUGGAGAGGGUGCGGAACCUGACUUACAUGGUGACCCGUCGGGAGAAGAUCAAGCGCUCUGUGUGUCGAGUGCAGGAGCAGAUUUUUCAUCACCAUGUCCGGCUGCUGGAGCAAGGAAGACUCUCUGGCAUAUCUUCCACCAGGCAGUUGGAGGAAGCCAUGUUCUACUUCCGGGUUGCGCCCUCCGCAUCCACUUCCCCCCAACCUCUGAGAGGUCACACGGCUCAGAACAGCGCCACUGAGCUUUCGCAGAGGAAGGGUGUCCCACGUCACGGAGCCUCCAGACGAGGCCAGAACGAAAGGGACGAACCUGCCAAGAUGGAUGCCUCCCUGCUGAGUAAACUGUCCUGCUCGCAGGGGGUCCCAAAUGCUGGCUGCGGUGGGAAUGAAACUGCAGCGAACGAGACAGAGCGGCCUGUAGGAGAUCGAAGAAAAAGGAGGAGGAGCAGGAUUUGGGAGCAACUACCAGAGAGAAACAACCCAGGGUCAAAGGUCAUAGACGAGACGGCGCAGAACAGUAUAAUGGAUCGUAAUGCGGUGACGAUGUCGGAUAGCAAAGCAGCGGAAACGAAAACUUCUGUUACAGUACAGAAUGUGUACAAUGGUUCUCUUAGGCGGAUGAUUUCAAGUCAGCAUCAGGGAAAGAUGAUGUCGGAAAAGGUGUCCAAUGUUAAAAACUGGGGAAGUUUCCGCAUUCCAAAACGAAGCGAUAGCAAAGGAUUGGAAGAAGAACAGGAAGUGGAGGGGAGGGACUUUACCCAUUCUCAUCCCAUCAGAUCUUUAGAUGGAAGCCACACCCCCACCUCCCCUCCAAUCAGAACUCGGCUAAGGACUGGCACGGAGAACCGUGACCUCGGCUCGGAGGCCGAUCGCAGCCAAUCAGAGCAGAAGAAGAGAUGCCACACCCAGCGACUUCGGAGUCACGACCCGGUGACACAGCGGUACGGUUCGGAGGUGUUGCGGCGUGGAGUUCUCGCGUCAUGAAAUGACACCAUGAAAACUUUAUGUGAAGUUAUGUGUCAAAUAACUUUUUCUUGUGUAAUCCAAAUAAAAGCAGCACUUAGAGGAGCCGCAUGUAAGAUUUUCCUUCACAUUCUGAUUUCACGCAUCAGUUACAGACUUCAAGUUUAGUGUUCUUUCCAAACAGUGAAGUACUUUUGUUCCUGAAUGGGUUCUUUAAACAUCAUUCCAGUCCUGAGACAUAACCGAACCAGACAGGCUGAUCAUACGGACAUGUUUAUAUUCAAAUAGCUUGUUACUAGGUAAGUUUAUUGCUGUUGUGACAAUACGGAAGACUUUGCUUCACAAUAAUCUUACAUGUAGCUCCUUUUAAGCUUCUGUUACCGGACAGGUAUUUAUUUUUCUAUUUCAUAUCUUUCUCGAUGCUGCUUCUUUUUAUUUUGUACUUCAUUUAGCUGGCUUUCCUUUAUUUUCCUCUCGUUGCCUGCUACAAUGCAUAGUGCAUAUGACAAGGUCUCAGAGGCUGAAUGCUAAGCUUGUAAUCAAAGACAAUGAAAUUAGUUUAGCUAAUUAGCUCUUUUUUCUGUUGAAAACCUGUCAGAAACGAAAACAACUUUUUUUUUUCUUCUUGAUAUAAAUUGCUUACAGCAGUAGUGUUGAACACUGGUCUGAAAUAAGUGAUGAAUCUUGCUGACGUGUACAAUCGUGACUAGCACUUAGUUCAGUAGGUUCCAGUUCAAGGCCUAGGGAAUUCUUGCACUGCACAGAUUUGUGUUUUUCUCACUCUGACAUGCCUGUUAAGCCCUUUAGCUGGGCUAGUCAUGUGCGUAAAGUAGGAAAAUAUGAUGUGCUGAGGCUCCUGGGAUUGGGAACCCCUGACUUGGUAAUGUAUAUGCAUACAAUUUAGUGGUAUUAUGUCAAAUAGAAAAAUUUGUCCUACAUUCCACUUGUUUUCAGCGUGCCCUUGUUGACUUCCCUUCAUGACUCGGGGAGGAUGGUGUGUGUGUGUGUGUGUUUUUUUUUAUUUUAUUUUAUUUUAUAUAUAUAUAUAUAUCAGCCAUAACAUUCAAAGCACUUAACAUGACUAAUCUCACUCUAGUCCAAUUCCACAGAAGAGCUACUGUAGCACAGAUUGCUGAAAAAGUUCAUACUGGCCCUGAUAGAUAGGUGUUAGAACACCGUGCAUCCCAGCUUGCUGUGUAUGGGACUGUGUAACUGCAAACCGAUCAGAGUGGCCAUGCCGACCCCUGUCCACCGCCGAAAAUGCCUACAAUGGGUACAUGAGCAUCAGAACUGGACCGUGGAGCAAUGAAAGAAGGUGGCCUGGUCGUCUUUUACAUUAUGUGGACGGCCGGGUGCAUGUGCAUUGCUUACCUGGGGAAGAAAUGGCAUCAGGAUGCACUGUGGGCAGAAGGCAUGCUGGUGGAGGCGGUGUGAUGCUCCUGGGCAAUGAUGUUCUGGGAAACCUUGGGUCCUGGCAUUCAUGUGGAUUUUACUUUGACACGUACCACCUACUCAAACAUUGCUGCGGACCAAGUAAACCCCUUCAUGUCCAUGGUAUUCUCUAAUAGCAGUGGCCUCUUUCAGCAGGAUAAUGUGCACUGCCACACUGUAAAAAUUGUUCUGGAAUGAUUUGAGAACAUGACCAAGAGUUGGUGUUAACUCUGCCUCCAAAUUCCCCAGGUCUCAAUCCGAUCUAGCAUCUGUGGGAUGUUUUGGACAAAAAAGUCCAACUUAAGUUUAAGUCGCAACUUACAGGAUGUAAAGGAUUUGAUGUCUUGGUGCCAGAUACCGCAGCACACCUUCAGAGACCUUGCGGAGUCCAUGCUUCGACGAGUCAGAGCUGUUUUGGGGCACAAGGAGGAACUACACAAUAUUAGUCAGGUUUUAAUGUUAUGGCUGAUCCGUGUAUAGCUCAGAAUACACUCAUCCUGGCAAGCACAAGUACUUAAAGUGAGUCUCUUAGCAAUUUUACUGUCUAUUUGCUUUAAACUAUGCACAUAUUGGCCUUACUAAGUAGCUGGCAUUCUGACCAGCUAGCAGAUUAAAACCCAAUUUGAAUGCAGCAAAUCAUUAUAUAUUUUGAAAUAUAAAGAAUUUUAUUGCUCCUGUUUUUAAACUACUUCACUCACGAUUACAAUUUUGAAAUCAGAUUGCGGUACCUUCUGUACUUUCUCUUCACUCAAUAUCUCCUCCAUUACACCUUGAGCUUCAGCUCAUAAAGUAUUGGAACAACCAUUUUUCAUAAGGUAAAAAGUUAAGGUGAAGUCAACCAGGGCGUGUGGGGAAAAACGUGUCGGAACGUAGAUUUGGCCUUCCAGACUAGGCUCAAAUUAGUUAUAAACACUUAAAAAUGAUUUUUACCAAUAAUAAUUUCUGCAUUUUUUUCGGGAGUAGUUCGAUUAAUUCCGGGAUCUACCCAUGAAACUGUAUUUAUGAAUUAAUUUAUUUUGAUGAUUUUUUUUUUCCUUUUCUUUUCCUAUGUAAAGAGACUGUGGCGCUCUGUUUUGUCGUCAUGGCAUCUUUCUCUCCUCAGGUAAUGCUUUAUUUUGUGCACUUCUGUUCCCCCAAAAUAACAACCAAGCCUGAUUCUUGCCUAGAAAUUGUUUUACAACCAAGAAACAGCACAGAGUGAAAGAGUCCACCAGUAGACUUAUUUAAAAGGAAACUGCCGCAAAAGUGUUUUUUCUUUGGGGGGGUCCAAAAUUCUUUCUGU